AUGAGAAUUCUUCACAAAGACGGCUUCUCUAGACAAGAUUUGGAAUUAAUUAAACCUGUUGUUAUUUGCAACACUAUUCAUUCAAUGCUUGCUAUUCUUCGAGCAAUGUUUCACCUCCACAUAGACUAUGGCGACCCCGAAAGACUGAAAGAUAGUCAACUUGUUUUUGCUACAAUUCAUGCCAACAGGGAAGAAUUAACCGAUGAAUUAGUUGACGCCAUGCAAAGGCUAUGGAAGGACGAAGGCGUCCAAGAAUAUGAUUCCGCAAAGUAUUUCUUGGACAAUCUAGCAAGGUUAGGCGCCCACAACUAUAUGCCUACAGAACAGGAUUUGCUUAGAACAAGGAUAAAGACAAGUGGAAUUACUGAAGUGCUCUUUGAACUUAAAGGCCUUACGUUUAGGGUAAUCGAUGUUGGUGGACAGCGGUCUGAACGGAAAAAGUGGAUACACUGUUUUGUAGACAACGUCAACUCUAUUAUAUUUAUUUCUUCACUUUCUGAAUACGAUCAAACAUUAAGGGAGGAUAAUUGCACUAAUAGAAUGCUUGAAUCACUUAAACUAUUCGAUUCAAUUUGUAAUAGUCCUUGGUUUUCAGAAAUUCACUUUAUUUUAUUCCUCAACAAAAAGGACAUUUUUGCCGAAAAAAUAGCCCAUUCCCCACUCAACGUUUGCUUUCCGGAAUACAAAGGCCUUCAAAACCAAACAGAAUGCACAAAUUAUAUUCAAUGGAAAUUUGAACAAGUAAAUAGAUCUAAUCAAAGGGAAAUUUAUUGCCACCACACUUGUGCAACCGAUACAAAUAAUGUUCAAUUUGUAUUAGAUGCUUGUCUAGACAUGAUAAUUGCAAAAGUGAGUCUUUAUUAA